CUCGUGGCGCGGCGGCUGCUGUUGGCGCGCGCUGAUCAGUGUCGGCGUGCGGAGCUGGGCUGGCGGCCGAGAUCAGGAGCCAUGGACGCGGCCCGGCGGGCAGCGCUGGCGGACAAGGGCCGCGUCAAAGUAUGCUCACUAUGGAGCGACAGUUUGGAGCACAUGCGGAGCUUCGCCAAGGAUCUGAUCGACCUACGAGUGCUCCCCAUCAAGCUACUCUUCUUCAUGGAGCUAGCAGGCAUCGUGACGAUCUGGCCGCAUAUAUCGACGCAUAUGGCGCACCUGCGGCUGACGCCGGACGAGACGGGUCUAAUCGUGAUGCUGGGGGGCCUGGCCGGCAUCGUGGCCUCCCUCUCGGCCGGCUACAUCGGCGACAAGAUGGGCAACUUCAAGGCUUACCUGGGCCUGGCCCUGCUUCUGGAGGGCGUCACCGGUGUCGUGCUGGCCUUCCUCCCGCCCGCCAUCGUGGACGUUGCGCCGCCUGGUGUCGCCGCCAUGGAACACGUCUGCGUGGAUGACUUUCUGCACGUCAGAUGGCAGCACGAUCGGUGUGUGCAGCACCCCGGCUUGCCCGAGCUGAACCUGACGCUGCGACGGUGCGUGGUGGCGUGCCAGUCGGUCAACGACUCAAGCUUCGAGCUUGGAGGUCUCGCUUGCGGCAUCGGCGACGACAGGUGCAGCGUGCUCUUCCCCGAACGGGGCCUGCCGCCGGCCGACGCGCUGGAUGUGCGCAUCGUCAACUCGACCAAUACAUCGUCGCAGCUGCGGGUGCUGUCCGUGGGCGUGGGCGGCGUCACCGGCCUACUGCCAGUGACCUGUCCGCGGGUGGGGCUCGGCCUCUGUCGGCUGCGCUGCGCCGACACGGUGGCGCGCGCCGACGUCUGCGCGCCCGACCAAGACCGCAGCAGCCACGCGCUCACCCUGUCGCUCUACAUCGGCCUGCGUGUAGUCUACGCGUUCUGCCUGGGUACGACCUACACGCUGAUCGACACGGCGGUGUUGUCGUUCUGCGCCCAGUACGGCAUCGACUACGGCUUCCAGCGGCUUUGGGGCACGCUGGCGGCGCUGGUCGUGUCGCCACUGGCCGGCCGAGUCAUGGACUGGCUCAGCUACGGCGGCGAGACCAACUUCAGACCCGGCUUCUACAUGCUCGGCGUGUUUCGACUACUCUCGCUGAUCGUACUGUUCUUCGUCAACAUCAGCUUCAGAAACAAGCCGUCGGAGUCACUGCUUAAGUACACAUGGCGGCUGAUACAGAAAAUCGAGCUUUCCGUGCUCUUCUUCGUUCUGCUGCUCACUGGUAUGGUGGUGGGCCACAUCGAGACCUUCACGUACGUGUUCUUGGCGAGCCUGGGGGCGGACCGCACGCUGAUCGGCACCACCAUCACCGUCGGCAGCAGCGUCGAGCUGCUGAUGCUGGCCAUCUCCGGCUUUUGCCUGCGCCUGUUCGGCCACGUCAGCCUCAUCGUGUUCGGCAUCCUGCUGUAUGGGGUCCGGCUGGUCGGAUACGCGGUGAUCGUCGACCCGCGGUAUAGUUUACUUCUGGAGACGCUAGAUGGCAUUGACGGCGGCCUGAUGAACACGGCGGCUGUGACGUACGCCGCGUCCAUGGUGUCACCGGAACUGGUGGCCACCGUGCGCGGUAUUCUGGGCUGCUUCCUGUUCGGCGGCGGCCGCGCACUCGGGGCUCAGCUGGGCGGCUACCUGGUGCUGCGCGUCGGCCACCGGCAGUCGUUCCUGGUGUUCGCCGGCGUAGCGGCGCUGGCCGCCGUCGCUUACCUGGUGUUCCACGCGCUGCUGCGCCGGCGCCGCUCGCGCUCGUUCCAGCUGGCCGGCGGCCGGCGUCGUUCGCCGAUAGUCGGCGGCGGCGACAGUGCCACGCAGCCGGCCAUAGGCCCAUCCUCGGCCGCCAGCAACGGCGCGUGACGAGCGCUGCGAGCCGCCGCCGACCAGAGUACACCAAACCGUCCAUACUGUGCCGUGCGUUGGCUUUAAUCAGUUGUCUUUUGUAGUGAGGCGUGUCGGAUGUUGCUGGGGUCCGGGUAUUCGCUGGAUGCAUUGAGUGAAGCCGACAAGCGCAGCAGUGGCCGAUGAGGCACCAUGCGAUGGUGCCUUGUCUGUGGACUGCCGUGGGUGGAUGGGUGUUUGAACUUUUAGUGGAUGCGAUGAUGUAUUGUCGAUAAAUGACUACCGAAAUGCACCCAGAGCCGCUUGGUUGAACCGUUAUGUUUGUACCUAGCAUGUUUAAUAUUCCGCACCAGUGUCUUUAUCGUUUGUUACUGACUGCAUGAACUCCGACUGUUGCGCGUUUGCCCUGUCUGACAGCAUCGCUGCCAGAGACUCGAGCUUUCACGUGUGAGUCCAAUAAUACCGGAAGUGUGCCCAAUCUUGCUCUAGGAAGUCGUAAUGCGCAUGAUGCUCGCAAAUGCUGCCACGAUGUCCGAUCUAGUUUUGGGACCAUGAAGCAUCCUGCAUUGACUAAUAUUAACUGAAGAUGUUUUACAUCACCGGAAUAUUGUUGUAUUUUGGCAUGUUGAAGGCAGCUACCCCCAAUACAAUGGUAUG